UUCUCGAUGAAAAUUGGUCGGCUUUUGAAGAGCAGGCAGUGUUUAUCACGAAAAAUGGUAUUGCUUUUGAUGCUGAGCUGGCAGCGGAACUUGUUUAUGUAGUGCAGCCACAGCUAGUGAAGCAGUGCCCAGGCCUCGGCGAGACAUUCUGCGCAUUCCUGGAGGACGUUACAGCAAAUCUAUUUAGUGUAAUUUCCUAUAAUUAGAUAGUGACACAGGUGUCGCAAUUACUUCACUGGUUAUCACAUAGGGAGAGGCCCUGGUCAACUGCCAGACUUUCACUGAGCAUUCUCACCUGCCGCGACUGGUCAUCAAUAUGUCCACCCAGAGGUGCCCUCACUGUGGACGAGAGUUCAAGGAGCUGCGCCUGCAUCUCCUUCGCACCCCCUAUGGCUGCAAGGGUGUUAUCGAGUCAACGCUGCCUGGCUGCUGCGUUGCCGGUGGAGACGUCGCCAACAAUGAUAAAUUAUUCACAGACAAUGAGCCAGUGGUGAAUGUGGAAUGCAGGCAGAGUGUUCCUCUUGACGAGCCAUCAAUUGGCACGUUCGAGAUGGGCGUCUCAUACCUUGACCACCUAGACAAGUAUGCAGAGGCAAAUAGUGAAAAGCCACCUGAGAAAAGUUUGUCUUCAGAGGUGGAGACCUUCCUCGCGGCGAACCUCUCGGAUACUUUGAAGGGUAUCUACAAUUCUUUGUGGGACUACCACCUCUGUGUAUCACUCACAUGCAGGACGCAAGCAAGGGACAUUAGACAGUAUGGCAUGACCGACCUGACCACAACCGGCCCAAAAGAAAGCUAUGUCAAAACCCUGCGGGCCAGCUACCAAUUCACCAACAAGAAAAUGGAGACCAUACAGCAGCAGGUUACCAGCAAGCUCAACAUUGUCACGGCCAGGGGGGCUGCACACGAUGACGAAUACGAGAGCAACUGCCUGGCGGAGUGGUCAGCCAGCCGCAUCAUUCGGCUGCAUACCGCUGGAGACAGUGCUGCAGCGGGUUUGCAUUGUCUGUGUGCCCCCAAAGGGCAAGGGGGCACAGGCACCCAGUGCCAGUGGGAAGGCUUCCCUUCGAUACCCGGGAAUCCCUUCAUCUAG